CCCAGGGAUAUCGAUACGCGCCGGCCCGUCACGAUUCCAGUGUCAUUGAUGCUUAGGACGGGGGAGGUGAAAACGGCUACCGCCCCGUGCCUUCUCCCAGAGUUGGACGAGGUAUCUUCAAUAAAGAUCGCCAGUGCUGAUCACUGGACCAUCACGCUGGACUUUGCCAGUAAUGAGAGCUUAAGGAAUAAGUUCCGGGAUGGCGACCAGUCAAUCUACUUGCGAAGGCGAGCCAACCAUAAUGAUUCGGAGCGAUCAGUCUUCUCUACCACGAUUGCUGGACUUAGCGAUGCCCAGGACAUUCCGCCACCAGCAGCCAUUCCGAGAAACACGCGACCUUUCUACGCAAUGCCUCCUGCAAGUCUACAUGCCUCGUUGCAGCCUAGCGACAAGGGCCCCGGCCAAGCUCGCAUGCCACCACGUCACAUCUGGGAUUUCAUAUUCGAUCUCCCGGCAUUUUCGUCGCUGGAUAUGUCUGAGCGAAUGGCUGUAUUGCCGCAGAUUCCAUUCCAUGAAUCUCUGAAGUUACUCUCCUGUGGAAAGAAGCGAACCAGGACUAGUCCACCAUCCUGGCUGCGACCUACCUCUGUCGAUACAAGGCUCGUUCUCAACAGGACUAUGCGUAACCUCAUCUCUGCAGCAGCUAGCCAUGGAGUGAGUGAAGAGGUGGUUCGAGAUAGGCUCUGGCAGCUACGGCUGCUCUUUGCAUGGAUCGACGGUGCAAAGAAUAGCAGCAAUGACGUCGGUGGUAGCCAUGACAAGGACGGCGUUUCCAUGUCGAUGAGCAGAUGGCUCAAGCAAGAAGUCAUCGAAGAUGCCCGGUGGAAGAUCUGGAGGAUACAGUCCGGGGACACCAGUGUUGUAGAUGUAGAAUAG